AUGCACACGCCAGCCUCCAUGGUGAUGGGGAUUGUCUUUGCGCCUUUGGGACUGGUCCUCGUCUUCACUGCAGCCAUCACCCCUCAGUGGAGGGAGGGACAGGCCCGGCUGAACAUCGGAGGACCUGGGUCUUAUCUCCGAUCGGGGACAAAAGGUCAAGGGACUGGUGUCAGGUCGGGCUCAGCGGAGGCCCUGCUCUUACUGCGCUCUGACGGCCUCUGGGAGAGCUGCCUGCAGGUAGAGCGCUCAGAGCUAAAGCAGUGCUGGCCCGUGUCUGGUCCAUACAAGAGAGACUCGCGGGUUCGGCUGGUGCAGGGCCUGAUGCUCACCUCCUUGUUCCUGUGCGGCGUUGGCAUCAUUCUGGCCUGCAUCGGGGUCAGAUGCUGGACAGAUCUGCCUCUGAGGAGGGUGGCAGCUUCAGGGGGGAUCCUGGUGGUGACUGCUGGGCUUCUGAGCCUGACUGGACUGGGGGUGUACACCCACAACCUCAGAAGACUUGGGGCGGAUCCGAGUCGAGGGAUCGGUAACCCCAGGUUCCCCCAGCUCAGCCUGAACGCAGCUGGAUCGCUGUACUUCGGGUGGCUGGGCUCGUGUCUGCAGGUGCUGGGAGGGACUGCGCUGCUGCUCAGCUUCAAACGACCCCGAUGCCCCGCCUGCCCGCCCCGCCAGGAGCAGGCCGUCUGUCCUGCCUGUCGCUCGUGCCCGGAGCUCUCCAGCAAGACAGACAUGGACGUGUAUGAAGUUAGCUGUUAGACAUACAGACACUUAGCGAGAAAAAAUAAGAAAACUGGGUAAAUUAGCAGAUGAAUCUGACAACGGUUAUAAAAAGUGAUUCAAAGAACAUGAAUUCUGAAAGCAGAAGAAAUGGUUGACUGAUUAGGUAAAUUAUAGAAAUAAGUAAUAGUGCAGCAGGUGUGAGCCUCUAGAAUGUAGCUACAAGCUUAAUUUGUGAUGCGAUGUUGGAUGUUGCAGCUAAAUAAAUAAUAGUGGAGAAGCAACACGAAGGGCAAUGUUACUUUAGUGAUGCUGUUAAUACUGUUAGCAGAACUGUUUGUGUCUGAACAAGACUGUGAAGUGUAAAAUAUUUGUCAUUAAUCAGAAAUAGUAGCUAAAAGAUGUCGGUGAAGAUUU